AUGAACGGGACCGAAUGCUACAAGUGUGGACGCUCUGGCCACUGGGCCCGAGACUGUCCUAAAACAGGAAGCCGAGUAGGAGGACAAAAAAGCCAAAACCUAGGACUCGGGUGUAGUUCCACCUCCCAGUUUGACAUCUGUUACCGCUGCGGUGAAACUGGUCAUCACGCCAAGGACUGUGACUUUCUCCAGGACCUGUGCUACAACUGCGGGAGAAAAGGUCACAUCUCCAAAGACUGUGUGCAGACGAAACGAGAACAAUGCUGUUACAUCUGCGGCAAACCAGGCCAUCUAGCUCGCGAGUGUGAUCAACAGGAAGAGCAGAAAUGCUACUGUUGUGGUGAAUAUGGGCAUAUCCAGAAAGACUGUACCCAAAUCAAGUGUUAUCGAUGUGGUAAAAAUGGUCACAUGGCGGCACAUUGUAGCAAAAUGACUAUGAUCAACUGCUUCCGCUGUGGUCAGUCUGGACAUCUAGCCCGAGAAUGUCCCAUUGAAGCAACUAUUUAGUUACCUUCCUCUAACCUUCCCCCUCCUCCCUCCCUUUGCUGGCUAGUUGUAUUUCCUUUAAGGAGUCUUCGCUGACUGAAAAGUUCCUACAUGGAGGUACGCUACUCUCUGCGGACAGCAAGCUUUACCAUGUCAAAAGAUUCAGAAAAGGCUGAUGGGGAAAAAAUUCAUUACUAACAUACUAUGCGUGUGCCAGGAGGCAUCCAGAAACUGAACACAAGGCAAUUGCUGAGCACCUUGGGUGUCUUUUAACAUGCUGGAUUAGAAGUGACUACUGAAAAAUCAGAACAAAUUUACAACACAGCCCUUGAAUCUGUUAACAAACAAAAUAUGUCAGAUGAAGAUAAACUACCAUUCAGAGAAAUAACAUUAAGAUAAAAGGACAAAAAGCAACACUGGGGACUUGA